AAAUAUAUGUUGUUUGUAUAUAACAGUAAUAUAAAUGAUAUUUCACACUACAAUAAUAUGUUAUUAAAGAAAGAAUCGAGAUGUAAUACUUUUUUAAAUAAUUAAAAAUCUUACAUGAUGGGUAGCCGGACAGUGUCAACAAAAAACUUCCUUUCGCGGGUUUUUCAUCUCUGUUCACCCAGAGAUACUGGCAUCUGUGCGCCUUCUCAGUUCACCGGAAGUAAAAUAAAUCCCAUCCAUUUUCGUUAUAAAUAGUUUAAUAAUAUAUCACUUUUAAAAACAAACCUAUAACAAACUCUGACGAUAUUAAACGAUGUAAUUGUAUAUGAAACACAAUAAUGUUAAGAAAUCUAAAUAAAACGUUUAUUUAUAACUUGCCUAACACAUGGACUACAUUACCCACAAUCCUCUAAAAAAGUUAGCGGCCAGUAACUGUACUAGCGGCUAGACAGAGAUACAAGGUAGCAAAGGUGUUCAGUAAAAACUGGAAAAGUUUGCAUAAUGGAGAGUGAACAAAAAGACGUUUCAAACAUUCAGACCAGAGGGAGACCAAAGAAAAAACAAGGAUCUAGGGGGCUGUCUCCUAAAAACGCAGAUAAAGCCUCGGCAGCAGCGCCCACCUUUUCAAUUGCUUUGGCUAAAGUCAAGGCAGAGAUUGAGACUUGGAAGGUAAAAUAUCAGCACCUCGAGGACAAAAUCCACGAUUUAACAAAAGAACGGGAUUACCUGAGAGAGCAGCUGUCUGAUGCAAUCAAAAUGGACAGCCUUGCUGACAAGAGUAAACAGAAGGCUCCAGACAUUCCCAAGAGAAAGAACAUUUCUGAAGAGCCCUCGGAAAGUGGAUCCUCUGACUCCUCUGAGUCUUCAGACUCCGACUCAUCUAGCUCAGAUUCUACAAGGGAGAGGAAGAAAAGAAAGAAGGGGAAGGCAAGGAAAAUGAAGAAAAGAGGGAAAAAACAUAAAAAAUCCAAGCAAAGGACUCAAUUCUGGCAAAGAGUUGCUGAGCCAUGGCAGGUGGUAAAGAGAUACAAAUCAGUCUUGGAAAUUUUCAAGAGAGGAAACAGCAUGGCGGAUUCAUUCCGAAAGUAUGGCGUGGACCGAAACACAAUCGUUCAGAGUGCAGCUAUUGCUGAGCUGGCAAUUGCAGCACCAAAUAAAUAUUCAGAAAUCGUUGAUAUGCUUGGAAAGCGAGAGAAAUUAUCCAGCAUUACCCUAAAAUGCCAAGAGGUCAUCAUGUUAGAUGAGAACAUUGCCCACAAAAUACACACUAUGAAAAAUGAUGGGAUGCUUCUUCCCAUAAAAAAAGAUUAAGCACAAGAGAGUCUUGUUCUAUCUUGUUCCUCAAUCGUUUGCUGAUGUUUGGCACAUUGUUUAUUUGUAUGAAAAGAGGUUUAAA